AUGGACAGCCCAAUCCACCCCGACCUCCAGCCCGGCCCCCGGAACCGCGCGAUCCCAGUCCCCUUCCCCAUCCGCAACGACCCGCUCAUCCAAGGCCACGACAUCGAGCUGGCCCCGCGUCCCUACGAAGAGACCGUCCACAACCCGACGCCCGAAGUCCUCCCGCCCUCCGACCUCGAGCUCGCCCACACCCACGCCAAGCCCCCACAGCCCCACCCCUACGCCAUCGCCGUCCCCCCAGAGCACACCAUCCUGCCCAAGGCCUGGGAGAGCAAGAGCCAGACCCAUAGCAGCCGCCCGGGCUCCGUUCACAGCCAGAGCGUGGUCGGCAGCCACGUCCAUGUCCCGGGGCAUGCGCAUGCCUAUUCUGUGGGGACGGUUGUGCCUGUGUCGGCGGGCUCGGCGGUGCCCUUGCAGGGGGGGAGGUAUAGUUAUACCGACUUUAGCAACUACAACUCCAACCUAGGCGACACCGAAGAUCUCUACCACACUCCCACCGACUCACUUAACGAGUGCAUCGACCUGUGCGCCACACAGGAAGGGUGCGUGGGCGCCGGCUGGGGCGAGGGCAACGCUAACGACGGCCGCGCGACCUGCUGGCUGAAGAGUCAGCUUGGCGAGCCGAACGGGGCGCCGCUGUGGAGCUUUGUUAUUGAGGAUACGGGGAAGUUGAAGAUUUAA